ACAAAUAGUAGUCCCCAGUGUGUCGAAUAAAAUUUUAUAAAUUAAUUCAUAUUACAACUAUUAAAAUUAUUUGAACUCAUAAAUUGUGAAUUGCGAUAUCCAAAGUAUGGAAGUAUCUCAGACAAAGGUUGUAAAACGUAGAGUAAAAGGUAAAGUGCAAAAAAAAUGGAUGGAUAAGGACGUGAUGAAAAUAAUAAGUUUUCUUGAACGUCACAGGCAAUUUGAGAAACCGACAGCACAAAAUUAUUAUAAUAGGCUUUUAUCACACACAGGUAUCGAAGCUACAUGUCAAAAGGUGAGGUUCAAAGUUAGGUAUCUACAGCGCUGUUUUUUAAAAGCGGAAGCUUGGCGGAAUUCUGCGGAAGCUAAGGCGAUAGAAAAUGCUGAAGGUGUUUCAAGUGUAAUAAAGAUGCUGGAACGAACAUGCCCUUUUUAUAAUAAGUUGUAUGAUGUUUUUGGGUACAUGAUUCCUGAUCAUGAAAAUGGUUUUAUAGAUACUGAGUCAAACCCUGAUAAGAAAUGUAGAUUAGAAUUUGUAGAAAGCAAAGCUCGUGGAAAUCGAGCUAGACCAAAUAAAAAGUGGAUGGAUGCGGAAGUUAAUGAAAUAAUAAAUUAUAUAGAAAGAGAAAAAGAAUUUGAGAAACCUACAGGUAGAGUAUAUUACACAAAAUUAUUAAAAAAUAGCAAUAUGAAUGUUACUUGGGACUUACUAAAGUGGAAAGUUAGGAAUCUUAAAUUAUCAUAUAUAAAAGCGGAAGCAUGGAGAAUAUCUAAUGAAGCCAAAUUAUUUGAGUCUGAUGAAGGGAUUGAAAAAGUGAAUAAGAAAUUACAAAGAAUGUGCCCGUUUUACGAUAGACUUAAUAAAAUCUUUGGCAUUAAUUCAAAUUGCGAAUCUGAUUCUAUAGAAGAUAAAGAAAUAUCUGUCCAAAAUAAGACAUCCAGAAAUGAUUCUUUUCAAGAAUUAGGAGACAUUUUUGAUAUGAAUUCAAACUGUGAAACUGAUUUUGUAGAAAGUGAGAUGGAUGUAUCUUUACAAAAUGAAUUAUUGAAGGAAGAUAUGGAAGAAAUGACUGACACUUUCGAAGAUCAACCUACGUUAGAUAACAACAGCUUUCUUAAUCAAGUAGCAAAUCAACAAAAGAAAUCUGUUUCAGAAAUAGUAUGUAUAGAAAAAGAAAAAGCUGAAAUUCAAAAGUUAAGAAUAGAACUGGACAGAGAAAAAUUUUCCAAGGAAAUUAUGUUAAGACAGCAGGAAAUAGAUUUGAAAAGGCACGAAUUAGAGCUAAGAAAACUAGAAAUUGAAAAAGAUGAACGAAUUCGAAUUUUGGAAAUUGAGAAAGAUGAGAGAUUAGCUCGUUUAGAAAUUGAAUUAAAGUAUAGAAGCAUUAAAUCAUGUGAUAAAUAGAUCAAUAAAGAGGUUAUGUUAAAUAAAAUUCCCAGAUAUGAUUAGGUAAUAUGUAAAUGAACCUACUUGAUGUUAAAAUAUGUUGAUUGAAAUUUGAUAUACAAGGAGUUUCUUAAACUGUAAAUAUCAACUGCCAUUUAAUUAACACUAAUUUUCAAUUAAAACAGUCAAUAUAUUACAACACUUUGAGCUCAUAUUUUCAACUAGGCUUUUAGAUCAUAAAAUUUUUAAACUUUCUAUUGAGAAGAGUGUUUAAACAC